GGACAAUUCCACCACCACCCGUCUUCUCACUCUCUUGAACGUUUCUGCAACCAGAUACGACAAACAAAAAUGGAGCGAAGACACGUCCGUAUCCAAGAAAUCGGACAAGAGAGUUUCCGUCAAAAUAGGUCCAGAGACAAAUGAGCAAGAAUACGCCAACGAUGCCAGCCAACUGGGGGAUACAACAGUACCUGUCGAGGAGGAAGAAGAGUUCUCCAUAGAAGAUGAUCAUGACCCAUAUGAAUACCAUUUUGGUUGCAAACCAUCUGCUCUAUCCGAGAGUUCAAGAGCAGCUGUAGAAGCUCGGCAAUGGAAAAUGGAGAAGAAAUCGCGCGGAAAGCUGGGGUCUAUCAUUGAAUUUACUCCCGACGCUUCGAAGGAACCUUCUUUCCAUCCCAAAAAUAAUGGAAUUCUGGACCGCAUUGAUGCUCCAUUCAAAGCUCGCCAAAAGAAGCUAUUGCAAGACGAGGUGGAGAUACAAAAUGACUUUCUGGAAACCCUUUCUUCAUAUCAAGAUGUCUACCUCUCUCCAAGUACCUGGAAAACCAAAAAGUGCAUUCGUGAAGCGAUAACGUUGCAUGCACUGAAUCAUGUAACAAAGAAGCGUCGACGGGUUCUUAAAAAUAACGAGCGACUGUCUCAUGCGUCAAAAACAAAUCCAGAUGCACCACUUCCCGAGGAUGCGCAAGAUCAGGGUUUUACUCGACCUUCAGUGCUUGUUCUCCUUCCUUUCAGAUCGUAUGCCUUUGAUUGGUUCAAUGCUCUCAGAUCACAUACACCUUCUCCCGCAUAUCAGAUUGAAAACCAAUCUCGAUUCCUAUCCGAGUAUGGUCUACCUCCAGGCGCGGUAGACAAGCUGGUAAACGCAGAACCAGGGACCUACCCUCGUGACCAUGUCGAGACUUUCAAAGGAAAUGUAGACGAUAGCUUCCGGGUAGGCAUAAAGUUGACGAGGAAGACUAUCAAAAUGUUUGCCGAAUUCUAUGGAUGUGAUAUCAUCAUGGCGAGUCCUAUUGGUCUUCGUCAGUCCAUUGAAAAGGAAAAAAAUGCUGACUAUCUGUCGUCUAUUGAGAUAGUCAUCAUUGAUCAACUUGACGCACUGGCUAUGCAAAAUUGGGAACAUGUCAAAUUCGUCCUCUCACAUCUCAAUGCACUCCCUAAAGAAUCCCAUGAUACCGAUUUUUCACGGAUCAAGCCUUGGUAUCUAGAUGGACACGCCGCGUACCUCCGACAAUCAGUAUUACUCUCCGCUUUUGAGACGCCUGAAAUACGUUCCGUGUUCAAUGCAAACCUCAAAAAUGUAGCCGGAAAAGUCAGACUCGACAAGCGAUGGGCUCCUACUGAGGUCCCGGAUGGCAUUCACCAGGAUUUCGUUCACUUUGAUUGUGGUAACCCAAAUGAUGAAGCCGACAAACGCUUCAACCAUUUCACGACCCAGCUAUUUCCGUCAAUACUUAAAUCGGCCGUGCAAAGUGCCAACACCGUUAUCUUUAUUCCGUCAUAUUUUGAUUUUAUCCGAGUUCACAAUCAUUUGCGAAAGCAGAAGGGUGUGACGUUCACUGUUUUGUCUGAAUACUCGUCGAACCAGGACAUCUCACGAGCUCGCCAGGCAUUCUUCACUGGCCAGAAGUCGUUCCUCCUCAUUAGUGAACGUUUCCAUUUCUUCAAAAGGCGUGUCGAUCAAUCAUACAAAAUCCGAGGAAUCCGUAACCUCAUAUUCUACGGGCCCCCUGACCACCAUCAGUUCUAUGCUGAACUACUGUCUUAUCCUUUUUUGGACGAUGGUGUCGAGAGUUCGGAUGUUACUUCUCGUGUUCUGUAUUCUAGAUACGAUUGGUUCAAACUUGAGAGAAUAGCUGGCACUGAAGGUGCCAGUGAGCUUAUCAGGUCCAUCUAGCUGUAUUAUACGACUUGUUGUCCAAGGGGACAUUGUCAUCGUUUACGGUUCAUUCUAUGGAGGCGCCUCGCUUUCUGCAGUAGGGUCGGAGGUCAGCUUACCUGUAAAAAUUGGUGUGAGCGAACAGCAUGUCUGCG